AUGACACAUGUGCAGCCCGUUUCAGAUUCCGCCAAGAAAGAGAGUCGUAGACUGAAGCCAGUGAGCGGUGAUGUGGCAAAAGUCUUCGGAGACGACGAUGAGAGUGAGGAAGAAGAGAUGCCGAUUGAAGCUCGCAUCCGAAUGCGGAAUAAAGGAAGAGAGACACCAACCUCCUCAGGACCCAAUUCAUUCGGGAAGGGUCGUUUUGGUUUUGUUGAUCGGCGGGCUUUGUUGGACCGCCAGUUGGAAGCACUAAAUGAACAGGUUUCCGGUGAUAACGAGGACGGAUUGCUAGUAAUGAUUGCAAUUCUUCUGCCAAAUGUCGCAAGCCUGUGCGGUUUCGGCAAGGUAAAGUAUGCUGAGGCCUACUUGCGCUUUCCUCAAACGAAAAUCAUGCUUCCUGAUAACGCGGAAGUCGGUACAAAGUGGUCGACUCCUGAUGGACUAUUUGAUUGCGCUGUCUUCGGAGUCGGCUUCCCCAGCCUCGAUAGUUUUGAGGUCAGCUGUUGUCAUACCAAUUCGUCCGACAUUGCUCCGUGGGAAAAAGGCAAGAAACUGCGUCUUCUUCGAGGAUUCCUUCAGAUUUACAUGGAGGCAAGUCUUGGAUGA